UCCUGGUCUGAUGGCUUCUCCGGGCUCACAGCCCCGCACCGGCCUGAUGGAGACAGACUUCUGUGUCCUGGGUUCCAGGCCUCAAGGCCCCACAGUGUCCUUAUGCAGAAGGGGAAUCUGCCACCAGGAGGGCUGACCUUCGAGGACAUCGCUGUGAACUUCACCCGGGACGAGUGGCAGGCGCUGAGGCCUGAACAGAGACGUCUGUACCAGGAGGUGACGCUGGAGAACUACCGCAACCUGGUCUCCCUGGGAGGAGAGGAGACCGUCAAGCCCGACGUGAUCCUGAGGCUCGAAAGAGGCCAGGGGCCGUGGUCAGCGGAGGAGGCCGGGGCGCAGAGCAGCGGCGCGGACCCAGGUGAACAAGCCGAUUCAACAGUGCAGAAUUAUUCAAAAACAGCGAUGUGUAAGCUCCGAAGUUCACUGUCGGCGAGCGUGGUGCAGACCGGCAGCCAGAGGCGGGCGGGGCGGGAGGCCGAGCUGGCUGCUGACGCUGGACCUGCGCCCCAGCCCCUGGCCCUCGGGAUGGGACCCGCGGCGCUGACCGCAGGGCGUUUCUCUCCUGCCUCGGGGUCCCCAGAGGCAGAGUGGGCCCUGCCCCCGACCGUCGGUGGACGCCAGCGGGGCCACAAGGAUCGGCGUUUCACCCCAGGCGCGGAGAGGAAGGCUCCAAGGAACUUCUCUUUGUAUUCCCUUUUAGGAGAAGCCUGCCAGGUCCCGGGGCAGGUUCGGCGGCCACGGACCACGCCGAGGGCUCUCCGGCGAGAAGCUGUGCGCAGCGACAGGGCAGCGCUGACCCGGGGCCGGCCGCGAGGCUCGCGGCACCAGGAGAGGGCGCUGCCCAGCGCGGGGGAGGCUCCCCCGAGUCGCCGGCUCCCCCAGCGCGGCCCGGCCCGGCGCGGUCGGCCUCGGAAACGCGGUGUGGACCGGGAAGACGGCGCACGGAAUGGCUCCCCUGAAGGUCAUAGGGCUGGGAAGUUAAGGGGCCACGAACCGUUCCAGGCUGUGGAGAAGCCCUUUGACUGCGACGCCUGUGGAGAGUCGGCCUGCGGCCAGCGUCUGCGCCCGCGCCAGCCCGCGCCGGCCGCCGGGGAGAAGCGCCACCGGUGCGCCCAGUGCGGCAAGACCUACAAGCAGAAGCCCAACCUCGUCCAGCACCAGGCGACGCACGCCCAGCAGAAGCCCUACAGCUGCAGGGUCUGCGGCAAGGCCUUCGCCUGGCAGUCGGCCCGCAUCAACCACGAGAAGACCCACAGCGCCGAGAGGGCCUACGGGUGCGGCGCGUGCGGCAAGGCCUUCAAGUUCAAGUCGGCCCUGGCGCAGCACCAGCGGGUGCACGCGGGCCAGAGGCCGCACCGCUGCGCCGACUGCGCCAAGGCCUUCGUGUUCAGGUCGGACCUGCUGCGACACCGCAGGACGCACACCGGGGAGAAGCCCUACAGGUGCACCGUGUGCGGGAGGGCCUUCGCCCAGAAGUCCAACGUCGUGGACCACGAGCGCAUCCACGCGGGCGAGCGCGCCUUCGCGUGCGAGGAGUGCGGCCGCACCUUCAAGCAGAGGAAGAACCUGCUGCAGCACCGCGGCGUGCACACCGGGCAGAAGGCGCACGCGUGCGACCGCUGCGGGAGGGCCUUCCUGCAGAAGUCCAACCUGCGCAGCCACCGGCUGACGCACUUCGGGGAGAAGGCGCACCGCUGCGCCGAGUGCGGGAAGGCCUUCAGCCGCCAGCUGGGCCUCCGCCUGCACGGGAAGACGCACACCGGGCAGAAGCCGCACGUGUGCCCCCGGUGCGGGAGGGCCUUCGCCGACAGGUCCUACCUGGUGAAGCACCAGAGGAGGGUGCACCCCGGAGAGGAGCCCGCCAGUGACCAGGGCGGCCCAAGCCCCAAGGGGCCCGCAGUUUGACGGCCUCGCAGAGGGCAAUGGGGACGUUGGCUUCUCCUUGGAAACUGAUCUGAUUAAUGCAGUCAGCAGACUUCGUUUAGUUGUCUUUCUUUUUUUAGUUGCUGAUGGACCUUUGUUUAUUUCCUUAUUUGUAUGUGCUGC